UUAAAAGUACCAGUGCGAUACUCAAAUUGUCAACUUCUGGGAAGUUUCGUAGAAGCAUUGCAGUCCAUUUGAGAAGAGCAGAGAGGAUUGUUUGUCAAGACAGAUUUGUUGUAUUGUUGUGUGGUGUAAAUGUCCUCCAAAGAGUGUAUUUCACGACUGGUGUUGACCAAGGCUGUAUAAAAAUGAAAAGGAGCUGGAUGUGUGUGAGCAGAAAAUGACGGGGGGCAGUGAGAGUGCAGCAGGAGAAAAAGAUGGAGGUACGACGCUCAUCGCUCAGAUCCCGGUUGGCUGGCAGAGGAAGGUGGAAGAUGGGGCUGUGUCUUACAUCAGCCCUAGUGGUACAGUCCUUCGAUCUGUGGAUGAGGCGAGGGUGUAUCUGCGGACAGAUGGCACAUGUAAAUGUGGUCUCGAGUGCCCGCUAGUCCCAAAUAAGGUCUUUAAUUUUGACCCUGCUGCGGUGGUCCGAGCUCCUGGUCAUCAAUCAGGGAAAAUAGAGGAAGAUAUGACUAAACUCUGUAACCAUCGCAGGAAAGUUGAUGCCAUGGCGGCAUUAUGCCAAAGCAUGCAGCCCUCCCAUCUUCCCUCGCUGGCUCAAGCCACAGGAGGGGUUAUAUACUCCGUGGACGGCAGAGAGCCGAGAGGAUCAAUGGUGGCUCAUGGAGACGGAGUCCACUGCACUUACCCUCAGCCCAGACACAACCAACCCAUUGGUUUUCCUCUGUCAUCUCCUCGCCCUGUGGUGCAAAACGGCUCUGUUAGCCUCCCCCCAGUUUCACGGCCUCCAGAACAGUGUUCACCUUUAAAGAAACCCCAAACGCCAUUGGGCUGCAUGCCUGGUUACGCGAAACAGCAGUGGAGCCCUCAUCCACCACUUUCCCAAAACAUCCCCCAAAGGACUUCCCCUAACAGUGUACACAAGCAUAAACUUCCUCCAGACCCCUCCAACGCCUUUUCUUUAUCCCCCUCUUCAUCCUUAACUCUAAGUGGUCGAGGAGCUCCGCCAAACUCCCAGGGAGCGAGUGUCAAGUCGCCUUCUCCUCUCUCACCCUCACGUACCUUGGACAAUUUCUCACCCCGCCAGUGCUCUCGCCACUCUUCGACGUCCUCGCUCUCAGAGCAUGGGGUCCAAGGGUCCGUCUUCAUUCAGGGAGGCAAACCAUUGCAACCCACCAUGCCGUCCUCCUCUCCCAAGCUUCCUCUUACGCCUUCCAGUCCAUGUGGUCGCUUGGAGGGCAUUCUGCAGCACUACAAAGACUGUAGCACGAGCUCCGGUGCUAACCAAAGCAACCAUCAGAUGUCGUUGGUGCAUCCCAACACAGGCGACAAGAGGAACGGACUGAGUUCUGCUCAAGCCCCAGGACUGCUUGGCCUUCCACUAGGACAGAUUCUCAACCAACAGAAGAGCCAGCAAAAGGGCCACAUCGCUAACUCUUUCCCAGCCAGCAGCCUCCUUUCUGCGGCCGCUAAAGCCCAGGUGGCCAACCAGAAAACCCAGCUCAAUGCAGCCGAUGCAUUGACCGCACUCCCUCUUACGGGCUUGGACAAGGAGCAGCAGUCAAAGGUAUUGAUUAGCACUUUAAACAGUAGCGUCCACCCCACUUCCGCCAGAGCACAGUCCCUGACCGCUCUUUUGCUUCCACACUCCCCUUCCAUUUCCCCGGCUUCCCCAGCUGUCACAGAGAAAAACUUAAGGCGUAAACGGCAGAGGCGUUCGCCCACCGUUAUUAACAUGCUCAAAGAUACACAGUUAGGUUGGACCGCAGAAGAUCUCUCCGUGCCGCCUCUGCUCAUCUCCCCAUGCCUUUCGCCAACUUCUCCUUCUGUACCUCAUUUAGACAACCACCGGCUGUCCGUCGCUCCUCCGAAUGCCUCCAGGUUGCAGGAUUCGGAGGAAGGCAGGAAGCCAGGACUUGCUAAUUCCCUCCCAUCUCCAUCUCAGCCCCUUUCCGCCCUGCUUCAGCUUCUUAGCAUGCAAAGCGCAACCCAGCAAUCGGGCGUUGCCACUGCCAUGCCUUGCAACAGGCACACAAACACAUUGCCCUCUUCACCGAGACCAAUCACUCCACAGACGCCCCAAUGCGACAUGCAGUCCACAUUGCGUUUACCCAACCACACCCCGCAACCUCAACCCCAAAGCACAGUGCCCAUGCCAGAACCUCCUGUCCAGCGACCCCCAUCCCAACCCUUUCCUUUGAUGGGUGAUGAGACAACCAUGAACCUCAAAACAACCUCCAGCAACGCCAUCCUGAACUUGAGCCAAACGCCGUCGGACCUCAACAGUUCAAUUCUGAGCAUGAUGAACCAGAUAUCCUCAACAUGCUUGCCCUCAUUCCCAGAGAAAGGUUGUGGAUCCAAAACAACAGACACUUGUCUUGACCAUGGUACCUUCCAAAUUAACCAGUCAAACCACAACCAAGCUGUGGAAAGUAAAGGUCCUGUAGAGUCGAUGGAUCAGCCGGACAUGGAUGCAAGAUUGCUAGGAGGCUGUGAGCCGGACCACAGCCUCUCUCUUCCCAAUGCCCCCUCUUCCGACCUUUCUAACCCUACAACCGACCCCGCUGUUUCCCUUGCAGAGGCUUUUCCCUUCAUGUCUCAAGAACAGCUCCUCCAGCUUCUCUCCUCCAACGUCGGUCUGCCUUCUCUGUUACCUCCCUUUCUCGGCUCCCUGCCUUUAGGGGUUUGGAUGAGCAGCCAACCCUCGGUGCCCGGCGGUGCUCAAGCCCAGCCAACCAGUGCCAUCCUGAACCAAGGCUCUCCUCUUAACGUCCUAAACCAAGGCGAGCUUCCCAUCAACCUUGUGAGCCUGUUAAAUCCGCCAGGUUCUGAAGCAGAGGUGGAAGGUGGUGAAAAACCCCCUGGGCUUCAAGCCCUUCUCAUGGCUUCGUUGCUGCUCGGCCAGAAUCCGGCUGCCAUGCUGCCGCUACCAGCGCUCAACCUGGAGCUUCCUACACUGCAGCAGGUAUUUGCGGACGGAGUGUCCCUGGAGAAGAGCCCCGCUCUGCUGGAUUCGGUCCUGAUGGGGCCAGGGCUCCUGGAGGCUCUACAGACUCUAGCGCCCGGCGCAGACGGCCAGUCUCUGCUUCUUUCCACCCAUUUCACUCCACCCCCUCAUGCCUUUCUGUCGCUCAACCCUGCUCUGCUGACCGCAGCUCUCGCCCAGACCGAACCCCUACCCAACCACCCUCCGUCCCCCCCGCCUCAUUCUCAGGGUACUCUGUCCAGCCCAGCUCUAGUUUCUACCUCGGUGUCCUGCGGCCCUCUCGUGUCCAGCACAGAAGUGUGUGACCCCCUGGCCGAGCAGGACAAGAACAACACCCAGACACCUCACUUCCUGCCACCUCUGCUCGCACCCGGGGUUCUCGGUCACCUCACCGCUCUGGGGAACAUCAGCGGUCUUCACGGUUUAUUAGGAGGCGGACCCCUUCUUCUGCCGCAGGGCUCGCUAACACAGAACCAGACAGCGCUCAACCCGCUCACCUGCCUGCAGCUGACGAUGGCGCCGGGGCUCAUGGGAGAGAAGCCCGUGGCUCUUCACGAGACGCCUUCGUCACAAGAUCAGCUUCCCUCGGCUUCGAUAUCCCAGGAUUCCCUGCUCAACCCCGUCCAGCAGAGAGAGACGUCCCCGGGCUCUGGUCCAGGGCUGUUUGACCCAUACGGCUCCUUCAUGGACACCAUCUACACCUCCUUCCUGCAGGUGAACGAGCGUGAUUCGUACCCGGAGCUGCCUCCGCCCCUCAGCCCUCGCCGCGCCUGCUCCGUCCACAACCCAGACCUGACCCGCCUCGGCCUGGACACGGCCCAGUCCCAGUCUCCGGCCCGAGGGACGCCCAAAACCCAGCGAGGACCCGUCGCCGCCGCCGCCCUGCGACGCUCCGCUGGAGGAGGCCAAGACCGACGGCUCGGCCACAGUCUACAGCAACGGGAUCGUCUCCGGAGCGGAGGAGCGAGGAGGAGAGGAGGAAGAGGAUGGACGAAGGCCACAGGAUGUCAGCAUGACCCUUGUUUCUCUCUCUCCGUCUGCACUCAGGCUGAAGACGUGCACACAGGAGCCAGAAGGGGGCGCAAGAGGAAGCAGUCGCUGCAGAGAGGAGCGGACCUGCUGGGCGGCAUCGACGAGCCGAUGAGCCCCGCGGUCCGUCAGAGGGAAGAGACGCCGUGUUGUCCGAUAGAUCCGACUGUACUUUCCCGCCAAAACACCAGCACUGUUGCCACGGCAACACCCUCUGAGCCGCACUGUGAGGAAUCUCCGUGA